CAAGGGACCACCUUGCCGUGGUGGGGGGGCUUAAGGAAGGCUUGAACAAAUUGUCAUUAACAUCUUGACCAUACCCUACCUCGUUGAAGUAGCAGGCACAAAUACCAUACAAAGACACCAACACCUAGACACACCUUUCCAACCAACGGUCCCGACAACCCGUUCAAUAUGGAGACACGAUCAAUGAAGAAACGUAAAGGGCCGCUUCCCGGGGGCAAUCGCCGGGGCACACCUGGAGCUGGCGCUGGGUGUUUCAGCAUGCGAACCGCCAGCGGUGAGGAGCUGAACAGGCGGGCUCCCACCGGGUCAUCCGAAAAUGCUACAGCCGAUGCUGACAGACUGACUGACAGGACAACUUCAACAGAACCCUAUAGUCCAAGUACCAUCUCAUAUACACCAUCAAUUCCCUCCUCACCCCUUUCAAACAGAGAUUCACCCACACCGACCUUGGAUGUUGCGCGGGAGGCAAGUGCCUUUUUACCCACGUCCACCAAAGCCGGUAAACCGAGAGUGCGCAUGAAAUGGAGUAAAGAAGUAAACCUAUUUAUCAUGCGCACCUACUACUACAUCACUAAAUUAGAGACCGACCUAACCACCUACAGAAAACAAUUGCACGAACUUUUUUUACGAAAAUAUCCGGAAUUAAACGUCACAGAACAGAGAAUCGCAGAUCAAAGAAGAGCAAUAGUAAAAAACAACCUUUUAAAUCAGGAAACUUUAAAUAUAAUUAAAGAAGAAAUAAAGUCACAACUAGAAACAGAAAAUGAAAAUCAAAUCUAUAUUAAUAGUAAUGUAUCAACAAACGAUGAUAUUCAAUGUUCUUCUACUCACCCAAAACCCAACACAAGGCACACUUCGCCAUCAAACAUGUUCACAUAUAAUACUCAGUCAACAUGCACAUUUUCUAAUAACACUCAGACAUCCCACAUGUCAACACAGACUGAAUUUGUUACUAUAAUGAUGGAUAACGACAUUGAUACGGUAUUAGACCAUAACCUAGGAACGAACACUCAAAUAGAAGAAAUCUGUGACAAAUUCAGGACAGCACUAACACAAUAUUCAGGAAUGGACCCACGAGUCCGACCAAAAUUACCUAAACUUAGAUACAGUUCUCACCUAUUUCAGCUAGUCAAUAUGUUUAAUCAAGAUAUUCUGUUCCAAUUUAUUUCCGACGACACAAAACUAACCGACAUACAUACAAUAGUGUAUUGCGUAGCCUUAGUUAUCUCCGAAGAACUUAACUAUAAGGUCACAGAAAAUAUUAGAAGCACAAGGCCCAAAGACUGUAAUAAACCACCAUGGCAAAUAAGAUUAGAAAAUGACAUAGAAAAACUCAGAGCAGACUGUGGGCGAGUCACACAGUACAUAAAUAACAAUAGAUCCCGUAAAAUCAUUAAGCAUGUCAAAAGAAUAUUUGAAACAAGAAACACACACACUAAACACGAAAAUAGGAAUACAAAACCGGAAGAGUUCUUAGACACUUUAAAACAAAAGUUAGCACUAAAAGUUCAUAGACUUAAAAGAUACAAAAAGGCACAGCAAAGGAAAAACGAUAACACAAUGUUUAGCACAAAUGAAAAAACUUUCUACAGAAACUUACACAAACCAAAAAUAGACACAGAUACAGUAAACAGUCCUAUUAUGCCCACACAAAUACAACUGGAAACUUUUUGGUCAGGCAUCUGGGAACAACAAGUACAUCACAAUGAUAAAGCCGAUUGGAUAACCGAAGAAGAAAAUAAAUGGAAUUCGAUUGAAGAAAUGGAAUUCACAGAAAUAACUGAGACAGAAAUAAAUAACAUUACAGCUAGAUUGCAUAACUGGAAAUCACCAGGAAUAGAUAAAAUUCAUAACUUUUGGUUCAAAAAAUUAUUUUCUUUACAUAAGAUCAUUGCUAAAAAUUUUACAGAUAUCAUUAUUGGUAAACAAAAAAUUCCAGAUUUCAUUGCCACUGGAAUAACCUAUAUGCUGCCUAAAUCACAGAUUUCUCCACAACCUUCACAAUACCGACCUAUUACAUGCCUACCAACUAUAUACAAAAUCUUAACAUCAGCAAUAACAACAAAAAUCAAUAAACAUGUUGAACAAUAUAAUAUAAUAGCGGAAGAACAAAAAGGAUGCAGGCGAGGCCACAUGGGAUGUAAGGAACAGCUAAUAAUUGAUUCUACUAUUCACAAACAUGCGACUUCAAAAAAUAGAAACCUACAUUGCACAUAUAUAGAUUAUAAAAAAGCUUUUGACAGUAUCCCACAUUCUUGGCUAAUUAAAAUAUUACAAAUAUACAAAAUAAACCCGAAAAUAAUAAACUUUUUACGUGAUAUUAUGUCCAGAUGGAAAACCACACUUUACCUGACCGCGAAUCGAACUAACAUCACAACUAGAGAAAUAAUCAUUAGAAAGGGGAUCUAUCAAGGCGAUUCCUUGAGUCCUCUGUGGUUUUGCCUAGCCUUAAACCCCCUGUCAUAUUUGCUGCGUGGUUGUCGGGCCGGAUAUUGCCUCAAAUACGAUAAACAAGAUACAAUAGUCUCUCAUCUCAUAUAUAUGGAUGAUAUUAAGUUAUAUGGAAAAACAGAAAUGGAAAUGCAAAAAUUAAUAGAUACUACAGCACAAUUUAGCAAAGAUAUUAAUAUGGAAUUUGGUUUGGAUAAAUGUAGAACACUUCACAUUAAACGAGGCAAGAUACGGCCAGGCCAUUAUGUAGUUAAUGAUACCGAUAUAAUUACAGCCAUGGAACCCACCGAUUUGUAUAAAUACUUAGGAUAUAAACAACUUAAAGGAUUAGAUCACACAGAAAUCAAAAACACUUUAACAAUAGAAUUUAAAAAACGAGUUAAUGCUCUUUGUAAAACUAAACUAACAGGCAAACAUCUAAUUAAGUCUAUAAAUACAUACGCUAUCCCAAUUCUUACAUACUCAUUUGGUAUAAUAAAAUGGACAAAAACAGACAUAGAACAAAUAGAGCGCACGAUACGCACCACACUCACUAAACACAAUAAUCUACACCCAAAAUCUGCAAUAGAAAGACUUACUAUCAAAAGAGAAUAUGGAGGAAGGGGCCUUAUUGAUUUGAAUCAUCUCUGUCAAAAACAAGUCGGCAAUUUAAAAGCUUUUUUUCUCUUAAAAUCACAGACUAGCGAAAUACAUAAUGCCAUAGUUCAAAAUGAUUUUAACUAUACUCCACUAAACUUACACGAAGACAUAAGCUCUCUAAAUACCGAAAGUAACGAUCUUCAAACACAAAAACUAGAUAGCUGGAAACGAAAAGUAUUACACGGCCGCCAUCCUCACGAUCUAGAACAACCCCACAUAAACACCGCAGCCUCAAACAAAUGGCUUAAAAUAGGAAACCUAUUUCCAGAGACCGAAGGAUUUAUAAUAGCGAUACAGGAUCAAAUAGUCAACACUAAAAACUACAGAAAAUUCAUAAUCAAAGACGCCUCAAUACCAAACGAUAAAUGCCGCAAAUGCCACGUUCAACCAGAGACCAUCCAACACAUUACCGGGGCAUGUACAACACUUACACAAACAGAUUACACACAUAGACAUAACCAAGUAGUCAACAUAAUUCACCAAAAGUUAGCACUAAAACACAAACUCAUACAUAACACAAACACACCUUAUUACAAAUAUAAGCCACAAACAGUCUUAGAAAACGACACACAUAAGCUCUAUUUUGAUCGCGCAAUACUUACAGACAGAACCAUCCACUACAAUAGACCGGAUAUAACGCUCCAAGAUAAAUUAAAUAAAAUAACCUAUCUGAUAGAUAUUGCUGUUCCCAACACUCAUAACCUACAAAAAACAAUUUCUGAAAAAAUCAACAAAUAUACUGAACUAAAGGAAGAAGUAGCUAGAAUUUGGAACCAAAAUAAAGUAUACAUAAUCCCAAUAGCUCUUUCCACGACAGGUGUUAUCCCAAACCAUCUGUUACAUAGUCUUAAACUACUAGAAUUAAACGAAACUCUUUAUAUCACCUUACAAAAAGCCGCCAUUUUAAAUACAUGCCGAAUCGUAAGAAAGUUCUUGCAAAUUGACGAACACGAAAUCCCACACAACACAUAA